GGACUGUACAGUGAGCAGCCCCAGCGAGGAGGACCGGCGGUGGGAGUGGAGCGCUGCUCAGAGCGGACUGGACCUCCGGAGCAAAGACUCGUCCAGCAGCUCCAGUUAGCUGGCUAACUCGCUGCUAGCUCAUCUAAAGCCUAAAAAAUGUUCACUGUCCGCGCUUUGCGAGCUGAACUGGGUGGUUGCGGGGUCGAAGGGUCGUGCCAUGACGUUUGCUGUUGAUGUUCCCGAGCCUUGAGUUAUGCUCUCACGAAAGAAAAGCAAAAACGAAGCGUCGAAACCAGCCGAGGUACACGGGAAAUAUGUGAAGAAGGAAACGUCUCCGCUCCUGAGAAAUCUUAUGCCCUCAUUCAUUCGUCAUGGACCCACUAUUCCCAGACGCACAGAGGUCCCUCUGCCAGAUAUGGGGCCCUCUGCCUACCCUGUGGCACCCGCCCGGGAGCCCGUGGUGUCCCGCAACAAGAGUUUUCUCCGCACCCCUGUGCAGAGGCCUCCUCAUGAGGUUGCCCGCAGAGAGAGCCACCGAAUGUCUGCACCUCCCUACCUGCCACGUAGCCUGGGAGACCUGCCCCACGAGUACGGAGGUUCCUCACAGUCCUUCCUCACAGACGUGAGUCCCAUGUCUGAGAAUGGAGACGCUGCCCGGUAUUACUACCCCUCUGAACCUUACUAUGACAACCAACCGCAGCAGCACCAACAACAACAACAGCAGCAGCAGCAGCAGCAGCAACAGCAGCAGCAACAACAACAGCAGCAGCAGCAGCAGCAGCAACAGCAGCAGCAUCAGCAGCGCCAGCCCAGGAGGGUCCCAGACCGUUUUCCUGAGGACUAUAGAUAUUAUGAGCACAAUGAACACAACUUCCAAAGACUUCCACGACAACACACUCCCCCAGCUCCCAGCAGACCCCCUUCAGGCAUAGGUCGAAUACAGGCCAAGUCCCUCGGGAACCUCUCCAGUCUAACGGGAGAGGACCUCCCCCUUCCGGCCGGCUGGACCGUUGACUGGACCAUCCGUGGCAGGAAGUACUACAUCGACCACAACACAAACACUACACACUGGAGCCACCCUCUGGAGAGGGAAGGGCUCCCUCCAGGCUGGGAAAAGGUGGAGUCGGCCGAGUUUGGGGUCUACUAUGUGGAUCACAUCAACAAGAGGGCGCAGUAUCGACAUCCCUGUGCUCCGAGUGUGCCUCGCUACGAUCAGCCUCCACCACUACCGCCCCCUGUGACCUAUCAGCCACGUCCUGCAGAGAGGAACCAGCCGGUGCUGGUGCCUGCUAACCCGUACCACACUGCGGAGAUCCCAGACUGGCUGCAGGUGUAUGCCCGCGCCCCUCUCAAGUAUGACCACAUCUUGAAGUGGGAGCUGUUCCAGCUGGCAGACCUGGACACGUAUCAGGGCAUGCUGAAGCUGCUCUUCAUGAAGGAGCUGGAGCACAUCGUCAAAUCCUACGAGGCGUACCGGCAGGCGCUGCUGUCGGAGGUGGAGGCUCGCAAACAGCGGCAGCAGUGGUACGCCCAGCAGCCAAACAAGAACUUCAUAGGGAACAUGUGAUGUGUGUGUGCGCCGCGGCGACGUCUCGCUGCCACACCUCUCUGAGGUUUCCACGGUCGGUGGAGCGGUCGGGUUUCCUUUGAAAUCAUGAUUGACUCUUAAUUGCCUCUUUACCAAACACAUCUGUGCCUUCGCUUGAUCCAAAUAUAUCGGCCAGGAAGUCGAGACGUACAUUGGCUGGGCCCCCCUCCCAUGUGACACUCAAACUUACGAAUGACCAUGUGACUGAAAAAACACUCCAAUGAAGAAGAACCUAUAAUGUGCUACAUCUGGGGAGACUGUUUGUGGUGCCAUAUACAGCCCUGAGAACUGAAUUGCUGUAUGGAUUUCUGUUUUUUAAGACUGAAAGGAGUCUGGAAAACCACAGAUAUUUGUUCAUAAACAUCCAGAGAUUGUGCCUUUUUAAUAAAAUAAAAUGCAGCAAUUUUUAUACACCAGCUACUCCGUCAUUUUUUCCUGAGGGAGAAAAUGACAGGCAGCUUCUUCUAAUUUGUUUCUCUAUGAAAUACUUCAUGGCUUUUUUUCCCCUCUUGCUUUGAUAUCCUCAUAAACUGAAACCACACUCUUGCAUUAAACAAAAAGUGUGCAUUUUCUUUCUUCUUUUUUUAAAAUGACAUAUCCUUUAUAAGACAAUCCACCAAAACUUUCACGGAUAUUUAAUUUUUGAUAUGAAACACGUCUUUAUUUAAAGACCUUUUUGUUGGAUGAAGCAUCACAUUUGAUGCAGUGGUUUGAGCAUCUUGUGGCUCUUUGGCAUUACUGUAAGUCAGGAAUAUUCUUGUGUGUGUGUGUGUGUGUGUGUGUGUGUGUGUAUAAAAUGAAACAUAAAUAAGCUACUGGAACUUUAUAAAACACUUCAGAAGAAACAUUACGUUUUGCCAAACGAGUGUAAUUCAACUUCUCCUUGUUCGUUCUUUCUGGAUAUUUCUUGCCUCUGUAAUGCCUUAUUUUUAUGGACUGACACGUCUCUUCUGUGGAGGAAGUGCAGGUUCUUGGAAGCCUGUUGAACACUAAUCAAGCAGCUAAAGCCCCUCUUAGGAUACUCAGAAAUGUUUUUAUGCGGAAGGUUUUGUAAAAAAAAAAAAAUGUUUAUGACGCUAUUACUUUGAAAAUGUAACAAAAGAUAUUUUCUCAGUAAAAUAAAGAAAUAAAAGGACCUGUUUAUGAGAGUGGUUACAAAUUCAAACAUUUCUGAAUAUCCCAAGAGGCUGUCUGAUUAGUAAACAGUGGAGUAGCUUUGUAAAGAGCCAUUCUUCAAAGAGUCCCUCACUAUGCAACAAGGUCUCAAUCACACCUUUACAGAACAGUGUCAUCAGUUUGUACAUAUCUGAUUUUGUGGAUUGCAAAUACAGGACAUAAGCAAUAAAGUCUGCAGUGAAGAAAAA